AUGAUUAGAAUUAGAAUAGUACUUUACUCUUCCUCUUUGGUUCUUAAUCUACUCAUUAUAACCUUCUUAGUGUCUAAUGCUGAUGAAUCAGACAACAUUGCAAUUUAUUGGGGUCAAAAUGAUAAUGAGGGUACCCUAACAGAAACAUGUGCAACAGAAAACUACUCCUAUGUAAUCAUAGCUUUUCUUAACAAAUUUGGGAAUGGAACAACACCUGAAAUCAACUUAGCAAAUCAUUGUGACCCUUCUUCCGAUGAUUGCACAAAAUUAAGCACAGACAUCAAGAAUUGCCAAAGGAAAGGAAUCAAAGUCUUGCUUUCAAUUGGAGGAGCAGAUGGCGACUAUGGUUUAGCUUCAACUGACGAUGCCAAAAAUGUUUCUGGUUACUUGUGGAACAAGUUUUUGGGUGGAAACUCGUUUUCGCGUCCAUUUGGUGAUGCUAUAUUAGAUGGUAUUGAUUUUGAUAUUGAGAACUCCAAUGGAAAACAACAAUAUUGGGAGGAACUUGCAAUUUUCCUCAAAUCACAUAACACUUCAACACAAAACGUUUACUUAAGUGCCGCACCUCAGUGUCCAUUCCCUGAUGGACAAUUAGGUGUGACACUUGACACGGGUGUGUUUGACUAUGUUUGGAUACAGUUUUAUAACAAUCCUGGAUGUGAUUAUAGCCAAAGAGUGAUCAAUGAUUUGUUGGAUUCGUGGAAGCAAUGGACGGAGUCAUUGAUGACAGGAAAAGUGUUUUUGGGAUUGCCUGCUUCCCCUGCAGCAGCAGGUAGUGGCUAUGUUCCGGCCGAUUUGUUGUGUGAGAUUGUUCUUCCUGUCAUAAGGAUGUCGAGUAACUACGGCGGUGUAAUGCUUUGGGCAACAUACUAUGAUAAACAAAGUGGAUAUAGCAACUCCAUCAAAAGCUCUCUAUGCACUCAACAAAAGGCUCAUGAAUGUGGAGGAAAUGAUUGUCAUCAAAAAGUGGAUGGAAAGUUGAACCAAGAGAAGGUGUUGCAUGAAAUUGGAGGCAAUGCUGUGAUUUCUGACAAAGCAAGAAGUAUUGAAAUAGAUGGACAAGAAAAGAGUUGA